GAGCCGCCCCGCAGGGCUUGAACCCAACCGCGCCGAGCAGGCACGUUUGGACGAGUUCGGUGUGGAGGAAGAACUUUGCAAUGAACAGAACCGCCCCAAAGUAGCUGAGAAAUACCAUUUUCACUUCCUGGAGAACAGGCCCAAAAAAAAAAAAAAAACAGAACCGGUCUAGCGAGCGAGAAACAGUCGAGUCAUGGAGGCCAUCUGGCUCUAUCAGUUCCGUCUGAUCGUGAUCGGCGACUCCACGGUGGGCAAGUCGUGCCUGAUCCGCCGCUUCACCGAGGGCCGCUUUGCCCAGGUGUCGGACCCCACGGUGGGCGUGGACUUCUUCUCCCGGCUCGUGGAGAUCGAGCCGGGCAAGCGGAUCAAGCUCCAGAUCUGGGACACCGCGGGCCAGGAGCGCUUCAGGUCCAUCACUCGGGCUUACUACCGCAACUCGGUGGGGGGGCUGCUCCUGUUCGACAUCACCAACCGCCGCUCCUUCCAGAACGUGCACGAGUGGCUGGAGGAGGCCCGCAGUCACGUGCAGCCGCACAGCAUCGUCUUCCUGCUGGUGGGCCACAAAUGCGACCUGGAGACGCAGCGCCAGGUGAGCCGCCAGGAGGCCGAGAGGCUGGCGGGGGUGUACGGCAUGCGCUACGUGGAGACGUCGGCGCGCGACGCCAUCAACGUGGAGCGCGCCUUCACCGAGCUGACCAAGGACAUCUUCGCCCUGGUGCGGUCCGGCGACAUCGGCAUCCAGGAGGGCUGGGAGGGGGUCAAGAGCGGCUUCGUCCCCAACGUGGUUCACUCCUCCGAGGAGGUGACCAAGAGCGACCGCCGCUGCCUCUGUUGACGCGCGCCGCACGUCGACGACAACGGACGGUCGGUGGUCGUUUGGCAAAUCCGCCGUGACGUACCGAAACUUGAUCCAAACAGGAUCGGUGGGCCGGCUUUCUGCCGGAGCGGACUUUUGGUAGGACUCCCUCGGGCGGAGCCGCGCUGCGAGCCGGCAGGCUUGUAAAAGUCGGCACACCCUCGCACGGGACUUGGCCGACGCCGUUUUGAGUCGGCCCCUCGUCAGUCGUCAUUAAUUCAUCGCAACCUCAAUCUGGCUCUCUCGUCAUUUUCCUGAAAAUGAGUAAAAAUCCGUGUAGCUGAUGAAAUAAAUCACUGGACAUG